ACAAAGAGGCACAGAGCACAGCACAACGACCUCACCAUCGACAAGAACCAGUAUACACAUCCACUAACUGAGCCGCCAGUUUACUCCGUCAACACUAUAAAAUGCACCAAGCAAGAGACUGCUUCCCCAUAGAUUGCCCUUCCCACCCAAAUCCUCCCACCGCACCGUCCGCCGAGAGCCCAAGCGCAGCCAGAAGGGGAAUUUUGUCCCUACGUGUUAAAACAAGCAGAUCAAACACCACCGCCCACAGUGAGCGCGCUACGCAGAGACUGUGGUUUUUUGGGCGGUGUGAAAUUUUCAACUGGGUUUUUGGGCAAUUCCAGCACAACCGGAGAUCAACAACAACAACAACGCCAAAGACGACAAAGGCAAUGAGUAUUUCAAUUACCCCCUCUGUUCUGGAGUUCAAGUCUCCUCUCACCAAGCCAAGCACUUCUAUCAUCACAAUCACCAAUACCUCUGAUGACACUUCUGCUUUUAAAGUGAAGACCACUGCACCAAAACUCUACUGUGUCAGACCCAACUCGGGAUUGAUCCAUCCAGGAGAGUCCGUUGAGGUGUCUGUUAUUCUCUUGGGAUUGCAGGAAGAGCCUGAAGCAGAAGCCAAGUGUAACGAUAAGUUUUUGAUUAUUGCAUUGCCGGCGCCAUACGACUUGGGGGAGAGUACCGUUGCUGAGGUAUGGCCAAAACUGGAGUCCGAGUUCAAACCUCAAUCAGUCUCUACAAAGAUCAAAGUUAAAUUCGUCGUUGAAGACGUUGACAAGCCUGUGUUGGACUCGGCCAUCUCCACCGGUGUCAAUGGCAAAUCGACUAGUGAACAACAAGAACAACAACAGACCACCAAAGAUUUAUCUUCUUCCUCCACAAAGGAGUUGGCAGAGAAAGUAUCAGAAGAUGUGUCUCAAGAGGAUAAGUCAAAGAUUGAUGCCCUAAACGAGAAGUUGGAUUCAAACGUUGCCAAAUCAACAUCUGAAGCUGCCGCCACAACAGCGGCAACUUCAAAGGUAUCCACUGCCAACAAGCAAGAGAGCCCUGCGCCACUAACAACAAUCGUCUUGCUCGCACUGAUUGCAAUCAUCCUCGCUUGGUUAUUCAUGUAAUGCCACAGUCUAUGGCAUGCACCCGUUUUAUAUCUUUAGUUGUGUUCUCUUCUUUGUUCUGUUUUGCUCAUUGAAUAAAUAAAAGAAUGUGUUUAUUUUGAUUACACUGGUGCUACAUCCAACCAGCACA